AUUGCCGGACGCACCUGCUCUCCCGCUGACAUGCCGAUCUUCCGGGCUGCGGCUUCUUUCGGCCUCCUCCUCUUCUCUCUCCAAAUAAGCUUUCCCUCCGGGCGAGGCUGGCAAGUGCUUAAAAACGAUGCCACGGAGCUCGUCCCAGGCUUCCCGGAGAAGGCUCUUGAGGCAGCGGCGGCGCCAGCGCGAGCGGCGUCUGCCCACAACGAGAGUGAAGCCAUGAACAACCGAGCCCAGCAAGGGGAGAGGAAUCCCCAGGUUUCCUUGGGAAGGAUGGAACCUCUGGAGUUUAGCUGCCGUGAAGUACAUUCCACCCGCUACGUCACCAGUGGCCCAUGCCGCAGCAUCAAGCCAAUUAAGGAGCUGGUAUGUUCUGGCCAGUGCCUGCCAUCCCAUCUCCUCCCCAAUUCAAUUGGCAAGGGGAAAUGGUGGCGGCAACAUGCCAUGGAUUACCGCUGCAUCCCAGCACACAGCCGUUCCCAGCGGGUCCAGUUAGCCUGCCCCGGCGAGGAUAUUCGGACUAUCAAGACCAGAACCAUCACCUCUUGCAAAUGCAAACGGUACACCCGUUACCACAAUCGUUCUCAGCUCAAAGACUUCAGCAAGGAGACCACCCGGCCUCAGAAGAACAAAAAGCCUCGCCUCCCCAGGGCCAGGGGCAGUAAGGCCAACCAGCCGGAGCUGGAGAACUCCUACUAGAUGAAGGCUGUUGAUGAGACCCCAGCCCAGAAGAGUAGAGAUUUUUGCCUCACCCACCCUCUCUUUUUGAUGGCACUGGGAUCAAAAUGGGACCGAGCGAGGGGAGGGCCACGGCCAUCACGGUUGCUGUCCCAACCAGAGGUUCAAAACUGAUGUGGCCGAAAACUAUCAGAUUUGGAUGAGAGCUCCAAGGGGGAGGGAAGAAUUCAAAUUGAGCAGGUGGUAGCAGUUCUCAGUCUGAAUGAAGAGUGACUCAGAUUAGUAGAGGGUUGCAUGGUCCAUAACAUUGCAGGGAGAGGCAGGCUCUGUGCACUACUACUUUUUUCAAGACUUCUUUGUCCUUCCUUAAUGGACAAAGGACUGGCAUCUCUCCAGCAAAAUGGCGAGGCAUUCACGUAGAAUAAUGCAACCUUGCCAGCUCACUGUCUUAAAAACAGACUUCCCCAAUCUUGUGCCUUCCAUUCUGGGACUACAUCUCCCAGAAUUCCUUUUCUGAAGCUGCUGGGCUCAUGGCAUCUGCCAACUCCAGAGUAGAGAGGGCCAUUUUAAUACUUGGCUGCCCUGGCCCUUUGCUUCUUUCUGGGUUAUCUAUGAUGGAUGGUUGCCUGUUGUACUGCAGCAUUGCCUGAACUAUAAGCUUUGUUACUUAAAAAUGAAACAUGAAGCAGUUUAAAGUCACAACAUAGUGUACACACAGUGCCGUAUGUGCUGAUUUGUACAGAGAGCUCACUUUGCUGAGGCAUGUAGAAGAGGGAAGAAACAAAAAGACUGAGGGAGGAAAAAAUACCUUGAAAAAAAAUCACAGACACAGUCAAAGGGAGGGAAGUUUGCUAAGUAGCUCAAAUGGAAAAAUGUCUGGAAAGAUUACCAUCUUUAAAUUUGCAUCAACCAUUGAUGAAAGCAGAGAAGGUUGAAAGAAGCCAUGGGAAUUCUUCUUAAAUGCUAUGGGCUUACGCUCAGUACCAUCUCUGUUAAAGCAAGGGUGGUGAGACCUCCAGAUACUGCUGGACUAGAGUCUCAUCAUCCCUGGAUCUAGAGCUGAGCGUGUGCAAGUUAUAAUGUGGGAAGCUUGUAACCACGACAUUUGGGGGCCCCUAAAUGGUUUGAAGCAGACUGUUGGGGUUUAAUAUGAGACAGAGCUCAGCUGUGGUGACCUCAGAAGUGAGCCUGGAGCAUGCACAGAAUAUUUUCCCCUGAACACAGAUCAUAAGCAAAGAACCCUUAUUCCUGGGUUAGACAAUGAGAGGAUGACUGUAAGGUUAGUAGACAGGCAGGCAGGCACGCCUGAUCUCUGGCAUUUCUCAUUUAAAGCCAUGAAACUAUGGCCCCUUCUUCAUGCACUCCUAAGUAAGCACACAGGAGAGUUGAAGGAGCAUUUUGCCUGGCAGAGGAUGGGGUAGGGGAUGAGAAAAGCAACAGGGGAGAGUGAGUCUCACUAGAGCAUUUAGGGCCACUUCAUUCUUCCAUGGACGUGGGAAGAAAUGGUCAUGGACUGAAGACA